AUGGCGAAGAUCGAGAGUGGACCCGCUCCAAAUGCUUUAAGAGCAACAAGAAUCCAAGCUCCUGUCAACUUCAACUUACACGCCUACUGUUCCGCGAGCUCGUCGAGUCUCCGUAGUCGAGACGCAGUCGACAUGGAGCGACCACUCAGAUCAAUCGCCGGCGACGGCGGCAAUGACAAGGUCGUGCUGCGGGUGGGACAAUUCCAGCAGCGCGGCGUCGAAAACAAGCUUGUGUCGUCCAUUUAUCCAUCCGUACAUGUAUGUCGAUGCGAACCAAGCGAGCGAACAUGUCAAUCCACUUCGGCGACACGUCAGAAGGUGGAGAAGCAGGAGACGGGCACGAACAACCUCGCUGAUGAGAUCGCGGCGUUGAGCGUCAGGCAGACGAGAGAGAAGCCUGGCGAGGAUAAGGAGGAGGAGGAGGAGGAGGAGGAGGAGGAGGAGGAGGAGGAGGACGGCACUGUCGAUGGCAUGAUCGUCAAGCUACUGCCUCGCCUGGGGAAAAGAGAGAUCUGA